UAAAAUUAAAGAUAUUAAAGUUUGUCGAUAUGCUGGAGCUUGUCCAAAUAAAAAAAAAAGGUUGUGGAUAUGAAUUUGAAUAUAAAAUGUAUAAAAUUCAAAUAUAGAAAGAGAUGGCGGUUACCUAAUAGGACAGUUUAUUUUAAUUUUGGAAAAUAAAAAAGAGAGGCCUUUUGUCCGUAAGCUGUUGCGUUUCACACUUGUAUGAAAUGGCGGAGAGGGAAGGUAAACGCCUCGUCGUUUGUCUCUCUUCGUCUUCUGAUGAUGAUGAUGCCGCCACCGACUAUGUAGAUCUGGAAGACGACGACGACGACGAUUAUGACGAAGACGAAUCGGAGGAGGGGUCGGACUCGGAUUCGGAGCAUUCUGAUCAAAAGCAAGAAGAUGAAGAAGAUAACAAUGGCCACGGCGUUGACGUUGACGUUGAGUCGCUCUGUAACAAUAUUGUCCGACUUUUGAAAGAACAUGAUGAAUUGAAAUCUUUAAAGCUCAAAGAUUGCAAAGCAUAUUUGCGGAAGCAUGGCCUCAGAGUAGCGGGAACUAAGUCUGUUUGUAUUCAAAGAAUUAAGGAGCAUUGGAGGUUAAUGGAUGGAAAUGGUGAAGCGCUUUACCCUAGUUCAUCUUUUGUCAUCAAUUGUACUGGUGAUGUGUGCAAGGGAGAUGUUGUCCUCUUUACGCAAAAAGUUUUUGAGAGGUUUGAUAAAGUGACGAGACAUGGGAAGGUUUUAGGGGAGAGAACCGUUGCUGGAAGAGUUGUUAAGGAGAGCUACGGUGCUGCAAAACAACAACAUACCUUUACGGUUGAAGUUGUCUGGAGUAGAGGAUUCAAGAAGUUGACUCCACUCUAUCCUUUGCUUGUAAAGGGUCGCAAUCUCUAUAAAAUGAGAACUUUCAGACAGCGUUGGAGUGACGAAGGAUUGCGGCUGAAUGUGCUUGCUGAAAAGCACAAACGGGGUGCAGCUGCAAGGCUUGAGAGAGCUAUGAAGAGAACAAAGAAUGGAACUGCAAAUAGAGGUACAAAAGACCAGAAAAAAAUCUCCUCUGCAGGACUAUCUCGAAAGAGAAAGGCCAGCGAAACAAAGAAGAGAAGGGAUAACUUUGAUAGACGUGGGAAAGAUCCCGUUGGAGAAUCUAGUAAUUAUAAUAGUCAUCGACAUCAUGAUCCAACAUUUAGAUCAUUUGAACAUUUUAGGGAAUAUCGAAAAUUCUCACGCCCAAUCACUAGUAAUGAUCCAAAUUUUCAAUCACAUACAGAUCCUCCAUGGGUUAAUGAUCAAUCUCAGAUAAGAUCUCAAUACAGGAGUGCAGCUUACCCCAUUUCUAGGCCCAGGAGCUCUGAUACAUGUGAUAGAAUGCCUGGACCACAAUUCGAGCGUUUUGACCACACUUUUCAGACUAAUCAUGCUUCUCUAAAUCCUGGCUACAACUUUGAAUCAAGGAAUUGGAGUGGCUUUUUAGGGCCAUAUGUUCACAGGCCAACAAUGCAUCCAUUUAUUCCGGGAACCGAUGGGCAACGGAGGUAAGAAUUUUUCUUUUUUACUGUUUUUGUACAGUACACCUACAAGCUGCUAUACAUGCUUAAAAUAGCAAUCUCAACUCUCAAGUGUUUACGCCCUUUUCCUCAAGUGAUCAUAUCCUAAAAAGGUCAUGGUACAUUAGGUUUUACUCUCUUCGUGUCAUUCCUUGGUGUAUUUGUUUACCUCAUACCUACUAGAACUUACUCUAUACCUAUAUUGCUUCCCUUGGCUGCACGAAGAAAACUUUUGCUUGUAAAUAUCUGAGCCUGUGGAAGAAUAUUUCUCUAGUUUGUUGAGCAGAGCUUCACUGUUGGUGAGGUAAUUUUCUGUAUCGAAACUUGAAGUGUACUGAACUUGAAUUGAAUCAAUCAAAUGAAAUUUGUGUGA